GUGAUCAGUCCCAAUCCUGACACAACAAAAUGGCCUAAGAAAUAUAACACGUCAGGGACCUUGUUUUGGAUCCAGUGGACAUCACGCCGACGCCAGCGAUACCCUGGAUGAGAUAAAAAAAAUUCUGUGUGAGCCACGUGGUUUAUAAAUUGGAGCAAAUUCUCCUUCGAGACAUGGGAAAAAAGUGAUGCCUAAAGAUAUAUUUUCAGCAGCAUUUCACAUGAAGUCACAUUGAUAGAACAGCAAUGUCUUCCUUCUCUUUACUAGCUGAGAAGAAUAGAACCCGAAAACCAGUAGCGUGGCCGACAGAGACUCCAAAGUGGGGAGAUGCGCCAAGUUUUUCAUUUGACUAUUAUGACCAUGGUACAAACAGAAAACCUGGAACCUUAUCUAAUCUCCAUGACUUUGAGACUAAGGAAAAAAGUGGAUUAAAACCUGUCCAACAUUUCAUCCCUGACUCCUGGAAAAGAUUCUUGAGGAAAGGCAGGGCAAAAGGAGAAUGUUUUACCAUGAAAAAUGUAGAAGAUGUCCAUGGUUUACCAUCAAUUUCAUCACUUAAAGAUGUUAGCAGGGAAUCUAGUCUUGGUGACAAGAGUGGGGAUUUUACAGAGUUGUCUUCGAUCAGCAACAAAACUAUUCAGGAGAUUAAACAAAUGAAACCUCCAGAUUCUACUGAAAGGAAGAGUCAGUUGUCCACCAUUUAUGGAGAAAAGGUAGAAGCAUACAAUUUAAAAUAUUCCUACAUGAAGACCUGGCCUGGACUGUUAAGAAUCAUGGCUGGAUUACAGUUAAUUUUUGGUGGCAUGGUAUUUGCUUGCACCUGUGCCUAUUUACAGAAGGAUUACCAGUGGUAUAAUCUCUUUGGCACUGAACUCCAAAGCACAUUGCCAGGCGGCUAUAGUUAUUAUGGUCCAAUGACUCCAUUUGUGAUGCUUGUUGCCAGCUUGGUUUGGUUUGUCACUUUGAUCCUUUUGGGGUUGGGAAUGACUCUAUAUUAUCGAACCAUUCUCCUUGACUCCCACUGGUGGCCUCUCACGGAGUUUGCCAUUAAUAUUGUCAUGUGUCUUUUAUACUUGGCAGCAGGCAUUGCUUAUGUCAACGAUAUAAACCGUGGUGGCCUCUGCUACUCUAUUUUUGCGGUAAAUCCACUGAUUGUGGCAUUCUGUAGGGUGGAAGGAGGCCAGGUGGCAGCCAUAGCUUUUCUCUUCUUCAAUAUGUUUUUGUAUUUGACCACUUCCUUGGUCUGUCUUAAAAUGUGGCGGCAUGAAGAAAGGCGCAGGCAGGCGGGGAACAUUCAGAGAUCCACCAAACCAAAAAGGAUAGUUUUUCAAGAUGAAGUUCAACAAUUAGGAGACGUGAAGGGGAAGGUCACCAAGGCCAUCUAUUUCUCAGAGAAAGGCAGUGACACUGGAGCUUUGAGUCGAUCCAUACCCACUGGGUACCAGCCAAAACCUUAUGUUGUGCCAGAUUAUGUUGUCAAGUAUCCAGAAAUCAAGAGUGCAGAGGAAAGGGACAAUUAUAAAGCUGUAUUCAAUGACCAAUACGCCGAAUAUAAGGAGCUGUAUUCAGAAGUUAGAAGUGCUUUACUGAAGUUCAAAGAAUUGGAUACCAUGAUGAAAAAACUAACUAGUGGAUCUCAGAGUCAGGAGGCAUCAGAUAGGGUCAAAGCUAUCACUGAAAAAUAUGCAAAGAAAAAAAAUGACCCUGCAUUCAUAGAGAAACGUGAACGCUGCAUUUAUUUAAAGGGGAAAUUAAGCCACAUCAAGAAGCAAAUCCAAGCAUAUGAUCGACAUGAGGGAUCUGUGUACUUCUGAACAUCGCAAUGAAUGUAUAGCUGUUUCACGAGGAGUAGAGCCAUGCAUUAGACAAUAGAAU